GUACGCGGCCUAAUCUAAGCUGUUAGCAGAUGUAGAGUUGUUAAUUUAUGUACAUAUGUAAACUUACACAUUUUGCAAUAUUUUGUAAUAAUAUAUUUUUAAUUAUAUAAAUAAACAAAAUGCCGAAGAAAAAAACGGGCCAGAGGAAAAAAGCAGAGAAACAGCGUUUAAGACAGAAAGAAAUACGAACUGGAAAGAGUCAACUGGAUUUAGCGAAAUUGCCUUGCAAUGCUGUCAUGGAAUGUGACAAGUGCAAUAGAAAACAAAAAAGUCGUGCUUUCUGUUACUUUUGUCAGAGUGUACAACGAUUGCCUAUUUGUGCACAGUGUGGAAAAAUAAAAUGUAUGCUAAAAACUGGUGACUGUGUCGUAAAACAUUCAAAUGUAUUUACAACUGGAUUGGGAAUGGUUGGGGCUAUUUGUGAUCAUUGUGAAGCCUGGGUUUGUCAUGGAAGACGUUGCCUCACUUCACACGCUUGUACUUGCCCGUUAAUGGAUGCAGUUUGUCAUGAAUGCGAGAGAGGCGUAUGGGAUCAUGGAGGAAGAAUUUUUCGUUGCAGCUUUUGUGAUUGUUUUCUUUGUGAGGACGAUCAAUUUGAACACCAAGCUUCGUGCCAAAUUCUCGAAGCCGAAAAUUUUAAAUGCCAAUCUUGUAAUCGCUUAGGGCAAUAUUCUUGUCUGCGUUGCAAAACUUGUUAUUGUGAAGACCAUGUGAGACGAAAAGGAUUCAAGUAUGAAAAGAAUAAAAGUAUUCCGUGUCCUAAAUGUGGUUACAACACUUCUCAGACUAAAGAUCUCAGCAUGUCUACUAGAACACAUAAAUUUGGGAGACAAAAUAUUGGCAGCGGAGCAUAUGAAUCUGAUGAGGAGAACAAUGGUUAUAGUAAUUACGGAUCUUCAAGCUACAAUUAUGGUACCAAUGACAAUUUAGACUAUGAAGAUGAUGAUGAUGAUGAUGAUGAUGAGGAUGAUGAUGAGGAUGAGGAUGAUGAUGAAGAUGAUGAUGAUUAUGAUAGUGAUGAAGAGAUUGAUAAUUCCAAAGAAGGUGACAAUGAAAAUAAAGUAAAGAAAGAGAAUCCAUGAAUAUAAAAUACUUAAUUUGAAAAAUAUAAAUUAAGAAUUUUAUUGAAAGUAAUAAAAUUUGGUAAAUUUCGAAUUUUUCUUCACACUUCUUCAAGUAAUGUA